AUGGACGACGAGCAAUCGCAGAAGGUCGCCAACUUCUCGAGCCUCACCGGCUGCAACCCGAAAGUGGCCCAGGAUGCUCUCGCCGCAGCCAACUGGAACCUCGAGCAAGCCGUCACCCUCUACUACGCUUCCCAAGAUGAGGCUGCCGACGAAGACGAUGAGAAAGAGUCCGAAUCUACCACAGCAGCUACCGCGUCUGGUCCUGUCGCUGGCUCCAGCAGUGCCCCGCAGUCCAAGAGUAACGCGCGUGGUGGCAAGCCCAAGGCAAUGACUCUCGCAGACUUGCAGACCGGAGACGAUGACGACGAGGAAAAGGAUCCCAACCAAGAUCUGUUCACAGGCGGCGAGAAGAGUGGAUUGGCAGUUAAGAACCCCGAUCAGUCAGGUCCAACGGACCACUUCCGCAACAUCAUGAAUCAGGCGCGCACCAACCGGGACCGACCAUCAGCCGCGCAUGGCAACGAGGAGGAGGAGAACGAGGAGCCGCGCUCCAGCGCUUUCACAGGUCGUGCGCAGACUCUCGGCGGAGAUGACGCUCCAAGCCAGGUUGUGCAGGACCCCACCGCGGCCGCCGCAUCGGCAGCAGCAUCAGCUCGUCCACGCCACCCCCGUGUGAAUCGCACACUUCACCUCUGGGCCGAUGGUGUCAGCAUUGAUGACGGCCCUCUCCUGCGCUUUGACGAUCCCGCCAACGAGCACAUCAUGGCUGAGAUCAAUCAAGGUCGCGCGCCCAAAGCACUCCUCGAUGUGCAGCCAGACCAGGAGGUCGAUCUCAACCUCGAGCCUCACCGUGACGAGAACUACGUCGCGCCGAAGCCCAAGUACAAGCCUUUUGCAGGUCAAGGACAGCGGUUAGGUAGCCCCACACCAGGUCCGGCUCCACCAUCAUCAUCUUCGACUGCGAGACCUGCUCCUGCUGCUGCGACCUCCACACCACAGCCAUCGCAAAUGGCCAUCGAUGAGUCCCAACCAACUCUUCAGCUUCAGAUCCGUCUGGGAGACGGCACACGUCUCGUGUCACGCUUCAACACAUCCCACACGAUUGGAGACGUCUACGAUUUUGUCAACCUUGCGGCUCCUUCCGCCGGUCGCCCAUGGGCACUGAUGACGACGUUUCCGUCCAAGGAGUUGGACGACAAGGCGCAGGUCUUGGGCGACAUAUCGGAAUUCCAGCGCGGCGGCGUGGUUGUGCAAAAGUGGAAGUGA